UUUUUUCUGAAACGGUAAAAGAUGAUGUCUACAAGCCAUGUUGUUGCCUCACCACAAAUUGGACCAACUUCAUGUAAAGGACAAAUACAGCUAAUUAUUGGACCAAUGUUUUCUGGAAAAACCACAGAACUGAUGAGGAGACUAAAACGGUACCAAAUUGCCAAUUACAAAUGCCUUGUUAUCAAGUACUCUAAGGAUGACCGAUAUGAUAAAGAGGGGCUUGCAACACAUGACAGGCAAACAUUACCAGCAGUAGCUGCAGAUUGUCUGGCAGACAUGGAAGUUUUAGGGGAGAAUUAUGAUGUCAUUGGUGUGGACGAGGGACAGUUUUUUCCAGAUGUGGUGUCAUUUUGUGAUAGUAUGGCAGAGAAUGGUAAAAUUGUGAUAGUGUCUGCUUUGGAUGGAACAUUCCAGAAAAAGGGAUUUGGUGAUAUUCUGAACUUGGUACCAUUGGCUGAGAGUGUGAUAAAGUUGUCUGCAGUGUGCAUGAAAUGUAAUAGUGAGGGAUCCUUUACGAAAAGGAAGGGACAAGAAAAAGAGGUGGAGGUGAUUGGUGGAGCAGACAAAUAUUUAGCAGUGUGUCGGGCAUGUUUCCAGUCCCCAGUGAAGAUAUCGGAUAAGGAAAACCGCACCCCGACAGUUCUACCACAACAAUCAUCAGAGAAAAUGCUGACCAGUCGUAAACUUUUCUCUCCAAUGUCAGAUAGAACAAAUAAUCAAUAACCCAAGUCAGAUCAUAGGGUCAAUACUCAUGAUAUAUUAUUUAUUGAUUUCAGUAAUUCAACACAACAUUUAAGUAAAUAUUUUCAAAAUGUUCUCGAAUUUAAAGCCAUAUGUCACCUUAGUCCCAUUUUAUACCAAAAUAAAUUUAAUUUAAAGAAUGUGUCAGAUAUGUAUGUGAAGUUGAAAGCAAAAAAAAAAGUGCCAAACAAUGGAUGACAAAGGUGAAUGUUAUCAGAACAAAUUAUUUUAUUACAUCAGAAGUAAGCGUACCUGAAAUGUAUAAUUUUUACUUUUCUGUAAAGGUGUUCAAUUUUUUGUAAUAUAUCUAAUUUACUUUACAUAUUAUUUUAUUAUUUAGGUGCAAUUUUGCCUAUCACUUUUUAUAGCACUUCAAAUUUAAUAUGGUUGUCAAGAAGGGAAUUUAGUAAUACUGAUUUUGUCACUGCAAUAUUUCUGUAUUUCCAGUAACAUUUUGUUUUUUCCACCUUGUCACAGUUCUUUGUGAAUUUUUAUGCAGGUUGAUAAUAAAAAAUCAGUUUACGUUGAAUAUAAGGUACACUUACACAGUACUUUCCAUUCAUCUGAACACUAAAGGAGAAAUGUUUCCACCCUAGUUCUAGCAUUUUCCUAGUACAAGAUGGCAGAGCUGAAUGUGCUCUAUUACAGGUGAAUAGGAAAGAUGUGUUGAAACCUUCAUACCAUUACUUAAUCAGGAUGACAUGAAUUUCAACUGCACUGAGCAAUGAAUGAAAUAAUUUAUUAAAUAAUUUAAUAGAUUAAACCAAGGCAAUGUGAUUGGAAGAAUUGCCAUAAAAUGUAAUUAGGUUGCAGUGACCUUUUAUCUACUGUUUCAUUAUUCAUCAAACAGUAUUUUUAAAUUAUUUUUUUAGUAUUGCACACUCCAGCAUUGCUAUUUCCUCACAUCUAUGACCUGCAUAUUUUUUGUGUUCUGUAAAUAUGACAUUGAUACAGGUUAUGCAAGCCCUUUUAGUGCAGCUCUUUUAUUUGUGCUACAUGUAUUUUGUAAAGUUGCAGAUCAAUGAUAUAAAUAUUGAUCUUUGCUGUUUUUAAUCAAACUAAUAAAUUUAAGCAUUACUAUCGUGUGUUUUCUUUCAUCAGCUUUGUCAGGGUAAAUCUAACCACAGAAUUUGAGGUUAUGAUCUCAAG